AAAUGGGUCAACUCAGGGCAGGUAUAGUACUUUAUAUCGCUCCACUUUAAAACUAUGCCUCAGUUCCCACUAUAAGAACUCCAUCUUCAUCCUUCUCAUUCUCUGCUUCAUUACCAAACAAACUCACCAAGACAUCUCCUCAAGACCAUCUCGAGCUUAACAUCAUGCGUUUCUCCUUCGUUGCCCUUGCCGUCCUCGGUCUCACCCUCAUCCAAGCUGCCCCUGCCGACCUUGAGAAGCGCGCCAGCGGCUGCUCAGGUGGAGAUCUUGUCAUUGGCGCACACGGACAAGUCAAUUGCGGACUGUGCACUGUCACCAACACCUCGGACCAACAGCAGGUCAUGUACGCGAACGACAACGCUCCAGCCCUCACCCAAUGCAAGCGCAUCAACUACUGCUUCCAGAAGUUCAACUUCCAGUACUGCGGCGACUAUGAAUACCCUUGCAAAAAGGGACUUUGCUAAACAACGAUAAUUUCACUCCUUCUGUCUCUCGCUCAGCACUCCAAAUGAUAG